AUGAUUAGCAUCGCUGCGCUGAACCAGCACGUCGACGAUGAGGAGAAGGUCCACACGUGCUGGCAGUUCCCUACAAAGAUCCUGUGCCUCUUUUUGGUUGGCUGGUCCUACCUUCUCAUUGGAGGAGCUGUCUUUUCCCACCUGGAAAAGGGCGAGGAGCUCUCCGCAGAGCGUCAGUAUUUGGGCGCCAUUGACAAUGCCAUCGCAGAUGGCAACUUCACAACCAACCAAACGCAAGUCCUCAUGAACCUGUUGGACACCUUGGACGAACUCCGAUCAACCGCCGUCAACAUCGGCAAAACAGACUGGUCAUUCGUCGGCGCCACAUAUUUUGCCACCACAGCCGUCACCACCAUCGGUUACGGCUGGAUUGCACCCAAGACAGUGGGCGGGCGCGUGUUCUGCAUCCUGUAUUCCGUCAUUGGGAUCCCCCUCGUCUUUUACAUGUUCGCAUACCUGGGGCGCAAGAUGAUGGACAUUAUCGGCUUCAGAAUAUCAAGCUUACGAGAAGGGAGCGAGUACAAACGCAAGCAGCUGCAGAGCGACUCUGUGGUGCUGCCCAUGUUUGUUGCGCUCUUCAUCGCCGCGCUACUCAUAUCCGUAUUUGCCAUCGCAUUCACUUACACGGAAACAUGGACAUACUUUGAGUCGUUUUACUUUGUCUUCAUUACCAUGACUACCAUUGGUUUUGGCGAUUUCGUGCCGACAUACCGCGACCACCCCGUACCGCUGAUCCUGCAAGUCUUUGGCAUCUUCCUGGCCCUUUCCGUCUACUCCUACCUCAUCAACGUCGCCAUUGUUCUCGUCACAAGGUUGGUGCACAACGUCACUCGCAAGAGCCUCUCCCGGAUGGAUAUUCGCGGAACGGGUCACAUUGGCCCAGCAGAGUUUGUUUACUGCCUGCUCGGGCGCACACAAGAUCGCCGGCUGCGCUACCAGGCGCAACUGCUCGACGCUGUGCUGCAGAAGGACCUGGAUUACACUGCACGGGCUGCCAUUCUCCAGGAAUGGGGCCAGGCCGUCGCCUUGGGCUUCAAGCACCUCCAGCUUCCACGUGGCCUCAAGCUCUACAUCGUGCUCGGCGGUCCCGCGUCGGGCAAGACGCUCAUGUGCAAGAAGCUCGCCUCGAAAUACGGCCUCGAACGCAUCGACGUUGAGCGGCUGAUUCUACUUGAGGUGCUGUCGGAGACGGGUCGGGGGCGGGCCAUUGAAUCGCUCAUCAACCACGGCUGCGUCCUGCCGAAACAGGUCAUCUUGGACCUCAUCAUCUCUCGACUCAAAAAGCUGCCACCCAACUGCUCUUGUAUUUUGGACGGCUUUCCACUGGACGUGCACCAAGCCCGUUUCCUCGAGCAAGAAUGCAAGUAUGCGGAGCGCGUGUUUCUACUGCAGUGCAGCGACGAAUUGCUUGAGGAGCGGCUGUUCCAGAUGGACAGGUCGGUAGUGUUUGGCAUUCGCGCCCUGCUAGGCCCGCGCCUGCAGUCGCAGCCUUCGUCCCCGCACGCAACAACAGAGCAGCCGCGUGCGCGGGGUGUUGGCGGUGGACACGGGCAGUCGCACUUGCAAGGACGCGAGUCGCUUCUCUCCGCAGAAUCGCCAUCAGCGUCGCUUGAAGACAACAAUGACGCGGACAACGGCAACGGGAGGAGGAAGAGGAGCAGCAGGGACAAGGCGGUUGGCACUGGUGUUGGGAGGUGGGCACAGCGCAUGGAGGCAACGGGUGUUGAUGUGGCGCAUGAGCGGUCCACUUCCAUGCUGAUUAAUGGCCAACCAGAGUCGAUCCGAGAGGAGGAUGAAGGUGGCGGUGAUGGUGGUGACGCAACAGCAGAAACAAUAACGACAGCUGCUUCUGGUGGUGAGCAUGAUGGACACCAGCCCUCGAAAUCACGCGUACGAUCCACACACGCAGCGCCGCCCACCAUUGCAGAAACAGCGAUUGGCAGCAACAGCGCACGAGGCAGCCAUGGCGCCAGCCGCGUGGUGGUAAAGAAGAACGGGCACAGCAGCGACGGCAGACCACCAAUGCUGCCGUACACAGCGCCAGCAACAGCGACUACAAGGACCAGCCCACCCACAACGACAACUACCGCCGGCACAAGUGUCAAUGACGAGUCGCCCGCCACGCUGUCAACUGCAGAGUCCAUCAACACUCGCAGCCAACACGGCAGCAACACUGGCGGUGGUCACAAGGGUCACGGACGGUCAGAGCGGGGCAGCAGCGGCGAUGGGAAGCGGGGGUUCCUGCAGCGACAACCGAAGCACAGCGUGUCGAUUGAGAUUGAGGACUUGGAAGGACGCGUGCACGAGGAGCCGCAUGGCAGCAGCGGUGUUGGCCACGGCGGCCACGGUGUUAGCGGGGUGCAGACAGAGGCGUUGGAGCAAGUGGUGGAGAGCAGGAGCACGCAGGAACAGGACGGUGUUGGGAGCAGUGUCAGCCGCAUCUCAAGCUCGUCACAGCUGCGACCCAACGUGUCUGCGCUAGUGAAGAGUCGCAGCAUGGACACGGACAACCGACCGCGUCGCACGCGCCUGCGCCGCUCAUCUGAGGACAGCAGCGGGCGGCGGGAGCUUAGCCACGUGGCGUCGCGCAACUCGCUGUUCUUCCAAGGGCUCCUGCGUGAAAUCAAGGCAUCCACCCCGACAGCGACGAAGAAGAAGUGGCGAAAGGCAAAGUCGCCCUCACGCCGGCACUCGCUCUCCCCGGAGGACAUGCCGCACGCCAGCGUCUCCUCGCAGCCGCCAGAAGUGCUGGAUGAGUUCAAUGACGACCUGCUGCGAAGAUGGCAGGAGAACAAGGUUGCAUUGCGUGAUUAUUUCCAAUCGCAUUUGCACGAGAUUGACGCGGAGCAGUCGAUUGACGACACGUUUGAGAGCUUGUGCCGGGCGUUUGAAUCGUCACAGGACUCGUCCUUCCUUGAAGACUUCUCCACGCUUUCGGGCAACUUCCCCAUGCCAGGCGCCACGUACCCAGAGCAGCCGAGCGGCAGGCGCGCAUCAAAGGCGGCACUGAAGCGGGGUCAGCACCACCGCCGUGACAAGAACACGAGUGCAAGCGGGAGUCGUGUUGGUCGCGGUGAUGCCUCCAACCCAACCGCUGCAACAAACGCAAGCGCCACAACACAUGCUGUUGGAGACGGCUCCAAGCCCUCAUCAGCGGCAGGCGCACGGCGCAGGGGCGGUCACCGCGACGACGGUGGUGGUGGUGGCGGUGAUCGUGGUGAUGGCGAUGCAAGGGAAAGUGCGGUUGCAACCUCGGCAGCGGCGACUGGAACUGCUGGAGGUGAGCUGAUCGGACCACAGACAAGCCGUCCGUCAUCGCACGCGAGCCACCGCCAGUUAUCGCGCUCAACCUCGCUUCCGUCGCACCCGUCAUCCCCAGACACACAGGCCGAGAUUAUCGUCUUGUAG